AUGAAAUUUAUAAAUUACAUUUUUUUAUCAACUACAAUUUUCCUUUAUUAUUUCCCUAAUUAUGUAAUUGGUCAUGGUGAUAUUGAUGACGGCGAUGGGGGAAGCACCAAUAGUGGUAAGGAAGCACCUUCUGUAUUCAUUGAUGACAAUCAAAAUAAUGGUAUACUAGCAAGUGGCAAUGUUGGACUUGGAUUUGGAUUGACUGUGAUGGCAGCGCUUUCAUCAGCUCUGGGAUCGAUGAUACCAUUUCUUGAUUUGGUUUUUCCCUUAAUCCCAUUUCUAAAAGAUUUUCGCAUCACUAAUUCAAAAGGGUUCCUUGCUGGCUCCUUGUCAUUCUCAUCCGGUGUCUUGUUAUUUCUUACUCUAGGUGAUUUAUUUACCGAGGCUAUUCAUAAUUUCGCUGAUUCAAAGUUGUUUGAUAAAAAAUUCGCUUAUUUGGUGACAGUUUCUAUUUUCAUCGGGACAGUUUUGAUUAUUAUGCUGUUCAAAUCUUCUUUAAUAUACAUAAGAAAAAAACAAAAAAUUGUGUGUUGUUGUGAUCCGAAAGCAACUGAAUGUCGAUGCGAUGUUAGUGAGCAUGAUAAUCUUGCAAUAGAUGGAUUAUGUGCUUGUUUUGAGAAAGUUCCUGCUGAUAAUGACAAUGAUGAAAAGGUUGAUGGUGAUAAAAGUGAGAGUAAAAUUAAAUCAAUUUUAGUCGAACCUUAUGAAGCAAAAAAAUUAAAAAAUCUUGGUAUUCAAAUUGCUAUCUCCCUAGCAGUCCAUAAUUUUCCCGAAGGUUUAGCAACAUUUGCAACAACAAUCACUUCGGCUCGUAUCGGUAUAUUGUUCGGAAUAGCACUUGCAUUCCAUAAAAUACCCGAAGGAUUUAUGAUUGCAUUACCAAUAUAUUAUUCAACGAAAUCAGCAUGGAAAUCUUUUAUGAUCGCAUCAUCAGUUGGUAUGCUUUCACAAUUGUUGGGCGCGGUGUUUGGUUAUUUGUUGUUUGUCACGUUUUGGAAUACGGCAGUAUCUGGAUUUUUGUUUGCUAGUGUGAAUGGAACAUUGUUAUACACCAUCUUUCAUAGCAUGAUGCCUUUGGCUCGUCGUUAUGAUCCGAGUGAUCAGUAUUGCACAUAUUGGUUCUUUGGUGGUUUGUUCUUUUUCUCUACAGUUGCCUCUUUAUUUUCUCUAGAUGGUUAA